ACUGUCAUAUGGUGCAGUUUUUAGUGCCUCCCGCACAUUUUCCGUGCACUUGAUCAUCAUGGGACCAGGUGUCGCUGACGUCUUUUCAUUUCAUCUCAUGUUUGCUUCCGUCUUGCCGUGAGAAAGAACACCGGUGGAUCGCAAACUUUUGCGCCAUGGAAUCUGCACGACUUCGUGGCAACCACACGUUGCUCGCCUUUGGUAGCUCGUAUAGUGUUUUGCAAUUUCUCUACAUGUCAAGACGACGUUGCAUACCGGAGUGAAAUGACGAGUAUUCAAUGACAAAUCACGCAGGCGUCCGGAACGCGGGAGGUGCAAGCCCUUUUCUCACCUGUCAAGUAUAAAACAAAUUUUCUUAUGGGAAUUAAGCACUCUACCCGUUGCAUGCUCCUCAGGAGAAAAAUGGCGGAUUCUGAGAGCAUUGAGCAACAGCCAGUCCGCAUCAUCGCAUCGCAGUCGGCUCAGCCAACCUCUUUGCCGCAGCCUGUGUCUUCAGUCCACCCCACCCCAAGACCGAUUCUCGCGCCGCAUACACCACAUGCUGCCAGCCUUCCCAGCUGCCCUGGACGGGGAAAGAUGGGAAAGCUGUGUAAUCCUGAAGAGAUGACUUCAAAAGACUACUACUUUGACUCUUAUGCCCACUUUGGUAUCCAUGAGGAGAUGCUGAAGGAUGAAGUGAGGACACUUACCUACCGUAAUUCCAUGUACCACAACAAGCACGUGUUCAAGGACAAAAUAGUUCUGGAUGUUGGAAGUGGCACUGGGAUCUUAUCCAUGUUUGCAGCCAAAGCCGGAGCAAAGCAUGUGUAUGGGGUUGAAUGUUCCAGUAUUUCAGAAUACUCAGAAAGGAUCAUCAAGUCCAACCACCUUGACAGCGUGAUCACCAUCAUCAAGGGAAAAGUGGAGGAGGUGGAGCUCCCGGUGGACAAGGUUGACAUUAUCAUAUCAGAGUGGAUGGGCUAUUGUCUCUUCUACGAAUCGAUGCUGAACACGGUCAUCUUUGCCAGGGACAAGUGGCUGAAACCAGGUGGAUUGAUGUUUCCUGAUCGUGCCUCUUUGUAUGUGUUGGCCAUCGAGGACAGGCAGUAUAAAGACUUCAAAAUACAUUGGUGGGAGAAUGUGUAUGGCUUCGACAUGACGUGUAUCCGCAAUGUGGCAAUGAAGGAGCCGCUGGUUGAUAUCGUGGACCCCAAACAGGUGGUGACCAACUCCUGCCUGGUCAAGGAGGUGGACAUCUACACGGUGAAGACUGAAGACCUCUCUUUCACAUCCGCGUUCUGCCUCCAGAUCCAAAGAAACGACUACGUUCAUGCACUGGUCACCUAUUUCAACAUCGAAUUCACCAAAUGUCACAAAAAGACGGGGUUCUCUACAGCCCCCGAUGCUGCUUACACCCACUGGAAACAGACAGUCUUCUACCUGGAGGACUACUUGACUGUGCGAAGAGGAGAGGAAAUCACUGGCAGCAUUGCACUCAAGCCUAAUGACAAAAAUAUUCGGGACUUGGACUUCACCUUUGAACUGGAUUUCAAAGGACAACUGUGCGAGGCAGCUAUAGUCCACGACUACAAGAUGCGGUAAAUUUUGCAGGAAUCCGGGAUUAGGACACCUGUGAGGAGUAGAGGAAGACAAAAUCCAUUCCUGGACCACAGACAUGACGAAGAAGAUGCGACAGAGACUGAAGGAUGGGGCAGAGUACAGCGGUGACUGUGUUAACAACUCUGGAGGGAUGGUGUCAGAAAGGAAGCCAUGGGCAGAGACUGUUAAAAAAACAUUGAAUGUAAAAUUGGAGAAAAAACUAAGUUAUUCUAACUUAUUCUGAGUUAGUUUCUUGCUGUACAUGUUGGUGAAAUGGAGUGCUGUAUCUGUGUCGUUUGUUUUUCACCCUAACCUGGAGCUCACUGGGUAGGGGGCUGUAUGUCAAUUUAAUGACUGCAUUUUGUUUGUGAUGUGUUUUUAUUUAGUUGAGUUUGACUUUGUACUGGCAAUCAGAAAGACAAUUUCGUUAGUAGUUGUAUCAAUUAAUAUUCAGUAAUAGUAAAAUAUUCUUCUGGAGACCACAGCCAAGGACAAACCUGCUGCAGAACUGUGCAGGUAGCAGGCCUACUCGGUGUGUGUUUGUGUGUGUGAGCAUUUUGUGAAAGGUAGGAGUCUAACAGUUUGUGUACUAAUACCUCACAUCAUCCACAAUGUCAAAGGUGAAAGUGUUGCAGAAGUCCAUAUGUUCCCUAUUUUGUCAUUUUGAACAGGCAGUGUUUGAUAGCUUGACCUGCUACUUCAGUAACUACUAGUGUGUAUUCUAUCGUGAUUGAGCACAAGAGCUGUAUGAAAAAUUCUGCUGAAAAAGAGCAGUAUGAUGUGGAGCAUUUCUACACCACUGCAAAUUACAACAACAAUAAUAAACAUAUCACAAUAUCAGGCCUUAAUACUGCUCUUGUACUGGAACUC